AGCCCACGAGCGUGCCGAGCUGGGUACAGGCGGUGGUAGUAUCUCAUCCGCGUCCGUCCCAAAUAGCCUGGGUGUUCACGCGAGCUGCGUAAAGAGGCGUUGUAGGCGAUUCCGGUCCCUCGUCGAAUCGCGACCCUUCUUCCUCAUCACCCCUCUCAUUCCUUUUCCACACCCACAGCUAUCGUCUCAAAAAUCAGACCGACCUCAGCAAAAAGAAAAAAGAAGACAGAGAAAUUCGAGAGAGAGAGAGAGAGAGAGAGAGAGAGAGAGAGAGGCAUGGAUGCCAUCCAACCUCCGAACAGAUACAUGGGAGCAGGUCCUCCUCCAAUACCUGAUCCUCAACUACAACAGCAUCAUCAACAACAGCAAGCUCCUCAUCAUCAUCCUCACUGGUACCCUCCUCCACCUCCUCAUCCUCCACCCCAGUUUCAGUACCAACAUCAACCCCCUUCUUAUCCUUCACCCCCUCUCCCUUAUCCUGCGCCCCACCCCCUUCCCCACCACUACGCCCCUCCUCCUCGUCCUCCCCUUCACAUGCCUCCUCCUCAUCAACAACCUUACCCUCCUCAGCCCAAUCAGCCAUGGGGAAAUCCAAAUUGGGUCCGUCAUCAAGGUUGGGAAUAUCCAGAUAGAAACAUUCUCCACAACAAUGAGGAAGAUUGGGCUGCCAGGGCCAGAGCAUGGGCAGCAGCAAAAGCUGCUAUGGAGAAUCAGCAUCCACCAUCACAGUUUACUCCUGUUGGCAGAAUGGAAGAACACAAUCAUGUCUACCAUGAUCAAUAUCAACAAACUAUCGACCCUCAUUUUACCGAUAUUCAGAAAUCAUCACUUCCGUUAUCAAGCCCUCCACAGUUGCCAGUUUCUGUGACAAAUCCUCACAGACCAUCUGUACAAGUUUUGCCAGAAUCCAUGACAUUUGGUUCUGGACCUCCUUGUUAUGUUUCAGAUGGACCUGUGUCUUACAGUGCUAGAGAUGGAGCUGCGGAUAUGCACCCUAUUUCCCCUCCUCAAGGAAGUGUUCUUACAAGCUCAUCCAUUUAUCAGCAGGAGGUACCUUCUAGUUAUUCUUCUAUGCCAGCAGGUCACGGAGGAUCUGGGAAUCAAAAUGAGAAACUGCUCAUGUCAUUGCCUCUGCCCAUGCCCUCCUAUCAAGAAGCACAACCCCAUUCGCGGCUGCACCCCUUACCUGCCAUUGGUAGAUCAGUUUCUGUGGAACAGCCUCAUUUCAUGCAUGAGGAUCAGUCUGCUGAGUCUAUGACUGAUGCCAAUGACCAGCCUUCAGAUUUUGAACAUGGCCCGCACCAGCCAACCAAUUACACGCAUCCUGACCCAGCAGUCCCCAUAGGAGGUGUGGAAAAUAUUGCAUCAGUGCCGUCCAUGCAUUCAUGGACUCCAGGAGUUACCCCAGGGGCUGUCUUUCCUCCAAUCCCUCCAGUUCCACCAGGACCUCAGUUCGAUCCUGCUUUCCUCCCACCUUCUUCUGGAGCACAAAUAUUUGGAAGGAUCCCUGGGCCUAGCUUUCGCCCAGGUAUUCCACCUCCGGUUGGUGCAACCUAUGGCUUAAGUGCAGGAACUGCACUUCAUCCUCCGGCAGCCUUUCCUGGAGAUGCAAAUGGAGUUUUUAAUGUUUCUGAGCGCCCCAAAAAGGCUUCGGUACCUAAUUGGCUUAGAGAGGAAAUCAUUAAGAAAUCUGUUAUUGCAAGUUCAUCCAUUCAGGACCAUCCCACGGAGGAUUCUUUUCAUUCCAUUGGAGCUGGAGGCGAUGAUAAGUCCCUUAGAAAAGGCGAUCAGGCAGACAGCAAAAGCACUGAUUCUACUAGGUUGAAUGAGGAUGAAGAAGAUGAUGAGGAUGAUGUGGAAGCAGCAAGAUCAGCUGCAAUCAACAAGGAAAUAAAGCGCAUCCUGACUGAAGUUCUUCUGAAGGUUACUGAUGAGCUCUUUGAUGAGAUUGCAACAAAAGUUCUGAGUGAAGAUGAUGAUCUGAUGAUUGAAGUCAACAACAGUACUGACCUUGCAAACCAGAAAGCGUCUUCACCAUCUCAUGCUGUUCCAACACCCAAAGCAUCUGCCAAGGUUCUAAUUCCAGUUAAAGUGAAGAUUGGUGAAAUUGAUGAUGCCACUGAAAAAUCUAACUCCAGCUCCCCUGGAAAUGUACUGGGUCUUGCCAAUUAUGCAUCCGAUGACGAUGAAGUUCAAAGCUCCAGCAUGCUGUCUACUCGGCAGAUAAAUGGCGCCGCUCAUCAGCGGUCAGGCGAUGCCAGGAUUUUAGGUGUUGUACCUAAAGCAGAGGAAAAGGGGACUUCACCAGAACAUCCUAGUGUAGGUCAAAGGGAUGUGCAAAGUGAUACCAACAGAGCUAACACAAAUGGGUCUUUGCAAAACAGUUCAAGUGAUAUGACAAGAAAAGCAUCUCCAUGUGCUGAUAGUGAGUUCAUUUAUGAUGAUGGAGGGUCUUCAGCUGCUCGUGGAGGGGCUUCAGGAAUUCCCAGAGAUCAGAGCCCUAUUGAGGCUGUAAAGGUGGUGGGAUUUUCCCAUGGACACACAGAUGCUAUUGAGUCAAAAGACGAUGUUAAAAGAAAAGAUUGUAUGAAAUCUGAACUGGAGUGUGGGAAUAUUGUCAGUGAAAAAUCAAUGGUAGGUGGCUCUCAUGUUAGAGAAGCUAGAAGCAGAUCUGACAAGGAUGACAGACAUGAAGGUAAACAGAUUUUGGCGAGUAAAGAUUUUGUCGAAGGGGCAGAUGCUGUUGAAAUUAAGGCCAACCAUAAGCAUUCUGCCUCUGGUGUCUCCAGGAGAGAGGAAGGUAGAGAUUUACGAAAGGAUAAAGGGGCAAAUGAAAGGAAUAGUGGCUCAAAGGAGAGGGGCAAGGAUCGAGGUUCCUUACCAGGAGAAAAGGGUAGAGCAUCCGAAUCAAGGAAAAGUUCUACUCACGCUGAAAGUAAGGAUGACAAGAAAGAAACUGAGAAAGUCAAAAGGGUUAGUGCAAAAGAAGAUAGUAACAGGAAAAGAGAAAGGAGAAGGGACGAGAUGGAAGAUAGAUCUAGACAUCGAGAUGCGAGGGACUCACACCGCUAUAAGAGGCGGCGUUCUUCAUCAGAUGGCAGUAAAGGUAAAGAUAGCAAGGACAAUUCAGUGGUUAGUCAUGCAAGUGGUUCAGAUGAUGAAGCUUCAGAGAAUUCAAGGCACAGGAAGUUGCGGUCAAACAGGCGCAGCUUGUCCCCAUCACCUACCCGGUCUAGGAAAAGGUCGGUCCUAAUGGAGUACUGACUGGCUAGACUAUAUACAGGUUAAUAUUUGUAUUUUGAAUUGUUUGACUUACCAUAUCAGUAUGAUGAUGUUUUAUUUCUAGACAAGUUUCGCGGUCUCCACAUAGCAAGCAUUCUCAGCGCAGGCAUUCCCCUUACUCUUCUCUAGAGGCCAGGUAAGAUGCCGACCUUUCCAUUUUUAAGGUUGAGGUUGUGUUAAAACAAAAAAGUUCAUGAGGCAUCCGUGCAUCAUAACACUAACAUCCAGGUGAAUUGAAUGCAUGGGUUCUUCGGAUUCUCAAACUGGGAGUAUUGGGUGGCCAUUGUUAGACUAAUUCCAGAACGCUUCCAUCCUAUCUGACACCAUUUCUAUCUUAUUGCAGAGGGAGGCGGUCGAGAUCUGGCACGCCAAUCCGUCGGAGAAGGUGAUGUAGAAAAAAAGAACCCAAACGACUGUGUAAACAAGGUGUUGCAUUUCUGGAGUGGCGCAUGGGAUUCAGCAGCAGUUGCUAUCAGUGAUAUCAAGGCGUCUGUUUGGCAUAUGUAUCUGCGGUGGGCUUUGAAGGGUUGUGGUUGGUAUUUGGGAUCCUUUGAUGCGAAGCUCAUAAUUCCUCGCCCCUUUUUUUUUUUUUUUUUUUUAAAAAAAUUUCAAAUUGGUAAAAACCUGCAGGGGUGGUAAAAAACUCGUAGCAAUGAAAGCAGAAAGAGCUUGCUGGCAACAUGCUAGCAGUUCUGGCUCCUAUUGUAACCACAGACUUGUAAUUGUAGAAUUGUAAUUUUUGAGCUCCUGGGUAAAAGUGAAUUUUGCAGUGUUUGACUUCAA